AUGGUACCGUCGCUGCUUGAGCAGCUACAACUGGCAAACACUCCUCAGGAUGAUGCUUUUCGAAUGCUCUCAGGCAUGUUUGGCGGUAACGAGGGAGCAACUCCUGGUGCUGCAGUGCCAUCAGCAAGCAAUGUACUGCUCCAGUCCGCCUUCACAGCUAAUGUAUCGCCUUCAAAAGAUACCUAUUGCGAGAAGUGUGAUAAGAAUUUUUGCAAUCGCUAUUUCCUUCGAACACACAAAUGGAAGAAGCAUGGCAUUCCAAUGGCCGAGAAAAAUCCACCAACUCUGGGCCUCAUGCCAUCACCACAGUGCUAUGUGUUGCAGGAUACCUAUUGCGAGAAGUGUGAUAAGAAUUUUUGCAAUCGUUAUUUCCUUCGAACACACAAAUGGAAGAAGCAUGGCAUUCCAAUGGCCGAAAAAAAUCCACCGCCUCUGGGCCUCAUGCCAUCACCGACAAACCCUUUGGAUAUGCCAUCUACCUCCGCCGGGAUCAAUUUCAACCCGUCUGAGCUUCUUGCAGCGAUGUGUGGUCAGCAGGCGCCGCAAAUAUCGCCCUCCAAAACGUCAGGCUCGCAGCCGACCUCCGUGAUUGUAAAUCGCCCAAGCGGUGGCGCAUCGUCGCCGCCAACCAAACAACCGAGACUCGAUGAUAGAAGUAAAUGCGAUAGUGGAGAAACAUCUGCUGCACUUCGGUUAGCGCUUCGAAAAUGA